AUGGGCAGCAUCGCAAUGCCUUCAUAUAAUUUCAAGCAGACCUUCGAUGCCAAGGUAGAAGGCGUCGAAGAGCCCACUAUGCGAGCUUUGCGUUUCCACGGCCAGAAAGAUAUCCGACUUGAUCAAAUCCCAAUUCCGAAAUGUGGGAAGGGCCAGGUGAAAGUGAAGCCUGCUUUUGUCGGGAUUUGUGGGACUGAUCUCCACGAAUACCUGGGAGGAGCAAGUCUCAUACCCUCAGCUCAUCCUCACCCCAUCACGGGGGAGAAAGUUCCACUGACAAUUGGUCACGAGUUCAGCGGAACGGUGGUUGAAGUGGGCGAAGGUGUCACCACGCACCAUGUUGGCGAUAGGGUGUGUGUGCAGCCCAUUAUCUUCGAUGGGACGUGUGGAGCUUGUGUAGAGGGUUACAUCAACUGCUGUUACAGCAAUGGGUUCAUCGGUCUCAGUGGCUGUGGAGGCGGCCUUUCUGAUUUUAUGGUCUGCCCCUCCACCAGCGCAAUCCCCCUCCCUCCCUCCAUCCCCAUGGAACUCGGCGCCCUCAUCGAACCCCUCUCAGUAGCCUGGCACGCCGUGAAAGCCUCCCCCUUCCAAUCGGGCAACUCCGUGCUCAUCAUCGGCGGCGGUCCCAUCGGACUAGCAGUAAUCCAAGCCCUCCGCGCCAAAGGCGCUGGUAAGAUAAUCGUCUCGGAAGUCUCACCCCGCCGCAAACAGUUCAGUCUGGAAUUCGGCGCGGAUCAUGUGCUUGAUCCGACGGAAGUCGAUGUCGUGAGUGAAGUGAGGAGGUUGUGCGAUGGGCAGGGUGUGCAUGUGGGGUUUGAUGCGGCGGGUGUGCAGAGCGGGAUGAAUGCGGCGAUUGGGGCGUUGAGGGCGCAUGGAACGCUGGUGAAUAUUGCGGUGUGGGAGAAGCCGGUGCCGAUUUUUCCGAAUGAUUUGGUGUUUAAAGAGAAGAAGUAUAUGGGGGUGGCGACUUUUGUUGAGGGAGAUUUCAAGGAGGUUUUGGAGGCUAUUGUUUCUGGAGCCAUCAAGCCCAGCAGAAUGAUCACCAAGAAAGUCAAGUUGGAGGAUACAGUGACGGAAGGCUUUCAGACUUUGAUUAAUGACAAAGAUAAUCAUGUGAAGGUACUCGUAGAGGUACAAUAA